GUGGGCAGGGCCGGCGGGGGAAGCCGGGGCGCGCGCUGCAGCUGAGGUUCCCCUCGUGCCGGCUGCCGGGCGGCCCGCGCCAUGUUCUCGGUGCUGUCCUAUGGCAGGCUGGUGGCCCGGGCAGUCCUGGGCGGGCUCUCGCAGACGGACUCCCGCGAUUACAGCCUGGUGACCGCCAGCUGCGGCUUCGGCAAGGACUUCCGCAAGGGCAUCCUCAAGAAAGGCAUGUGCUACGGGGAUGACGCCUGCUUCGUGGCCAGGCACCGGUCCGCCGACGUGCUCGGGGUAGCAGAUGGUGUAGGUGGCUGGAGAGACUAUGGGGUUGACCCUUCUCAGUUCUCAGGGACUCUAAUGCGAACAUGCGAACGCUUAGUAAAAGAAGGACGGUUCGUACCAAGCAAUCCUGUUGGAAUUCUUACCACAAGUUAUUGUGAGCUGCUACAGAACAAAGUACCUUUGCUUGGGAGCAGUACAGCUUGCAUAGUAGUUUUGGACAGAACAAGUCAUCGUUUACAUACAGCAAAUUUAGGAGAUUCUGGAUUUUUAGUAGUCAGAGGAGGAGAAGUAGUACAUCGAUCUGAUGAGCAGCAACAUUACUUCAACACUCCAUUCCAGCUGUCAAUAGCUCCACCAGAAGCAGAGGGAGUCGUCUUAAGUGAUAGCCCAGAUGCUGCGGACAGUACUACUUUUGAUGUUCAGCUAGGAGACAUUAUUCUGACAGCAACAGAUGGACUUUUUGACAACAUGCCUGACUAUAUGAUUCUUCAGGAGCUAAAAAAGCUGAAGAAUUCUAAUUAUGAGAGUAUACAACAGACAGCAAGAAGCAUUGCUGAGCAAGCUCACGAACUGGCAUAUGACCCCACUUACAUGUCACCUUUUGCACAGUUUGCAUGUGACAAUGGAUUGAAUGUGAGAGGGGGAAAGCCAGAUGACAUCACCGUCCUUCUUUCUAUUGUAGCUGAAUAUACAGACUGAUUUACCUAAAAUGUCAGUGUCUGUUCUUUAUUCUGGAGUUUCUAGCUUCGUGUGUACUGUUUCCUGCUGGCAGGAUCGCUUUCUUUCUUUGCAGCUGAUCUCAAUGGCCAGUUACUCAAGCUUGUUGCCUCUUAUGACACAAUUGAGAUCCUUUAAGAACCACUAUUGUAGUACACUGGUCUUUGUCUGCCAGCAAGAAAUGAAGAAACUUAAGGCAUGAAGCUUGUCUCUCAAAACUAAGUAAUCAUUCACAAGGUGGGGGAAACCAGAUCCAUAUGGUUACUACUUUUAAAAUGUGACUAGUUUCAAAUGAUCAAUAUUGAUUGGUUUCAAUUCAAAACUAGAUUUAAUAAAUAAAAUUGAUAAACCCUCCACAACAGGGUGUAUUACUAUUCUGCUAGAAUCAGCCAUUCAACAAAGGAGAUGUUACAAAGCAUACUUUCAUAAACAUAGUCUUGUUACAGUAAUAGGUGAGGAUUUGUUUAUAUAUAACUCCAAUUUUCAAGGGGUUUAUAGCUGCUGUAAACAUUUUGCUCUUGGCAUACAUGGUGUCAGCCUUAGCCUUUUUCUAGUACAAAAUUUGAAAAAACAAAAUUAGUUUGAGCUGUAUGGAUGCACAAGUGUUCUGUGAUUUCAGGUGCUUAAUUGUGAUCUUAAAUGAAAGUUUUUUUUGCAAAUAAUUCGUCCAUAAUGGAGCCUCAUAUCUCUGGAUGUUUUUUGCAGAGGGGAACUUUUUUGUUUAAAAAAGGUUUAUUAAUAUUUUAAGUUGUAACUCAAAUUCACAAAAGCCAGAAUAUUCAAAGUUGAGGUUUAGCAUAAUAUCCUUAAUCUGUGUCUGAUCAGCAUGUGAUGACAUGCCAUGUAUGCUUCAGUAUCUAAGAAUGAUGGGUUGCAUUAAGAACAGAUAAUCCUCAGCUCUGAAGUGUCUUGCUUUUGUUUGCAGAGAACUUUACUGUUAACUAGGCAUAGUUUGUGUUAAUAUUGCCAUUCUUGCUUUGUAUAACAUAGAAUCUGUACCAAAUUACUUUGAUUGUCAUGCUGACUCAUGUGCACCUCUGCUUAUGCUGUGGCAGCAGCAGUAAGUAUACAAAUGGAAAAUAGUUAACUAAUAACUAGCAAAAUUUACAUUUCAGUAACUGAUAUUAGGGUUUUCAGAAUGAACCUUCAUGAUGUUUACAAUUAUUUAAUAGCCACUUUGCAAUAUAGCUUUUCCUUAUGAAUUUUAGUAGCUCACAAUUGUUUCCCCAAUUUCUGCAAGCUCUCUUUCUGAGCUGCAUAAAAGCUGAUAGCUAUAAAGAUCAUACAUAUUUUUGGUCAGAUUUUCAUUAACUUUUUUUGCUGGUAGAAAAGUACUUAGAAAUAAAUUAAAGCCAUGUUUUAUAUAAAAGUCAGGUAACGAUGUUUAGAUGAGUGCAGUUAAACUUGGUCAGUAAGGAAUCUCUCCUUGUCUGAAAGGAGAUUUUACUACCUGGUUCAUUGUAUUAAAACUGUUAAGUUUGAGGAAAUCUCAAAUUGUUUAAAGAAUUUUUUUUGGUGGAGUUGUACUGUAUAUUUGCAUAAUUGUAUGUCAAGCUUUUAUUUUAUUUAAAAUCACUUAACAUGUACCAUGUACAUGUCAUUUUACUAUAUUUUAAUGCAUCAUGCUUGUAACAGGCAUUUCAUUUAUGAGAAUGAGUGAUUAAUUUGGAAGCUGUUCAGUAAUUUAUCUGCUAGUCAUAAAUUGGCCUAAUGUUAGAUAUAUUUUAAAUCACCUUUAACUACUUGUCAAAAUGCCUUAACUACCCUAACUUGGCCAAAAUAGUAGUAGUUUGGUGGGGAUAUGGGAAGGAUUAUACUAAUGAAGAAAAUCUUAGUGUUACUUUUUUUUAUUGUAUAUACAAAAAAGUAACAGUGAUUGGCAGACAACUUAGCACAAACUGUUUGCAGUCCCUUUAAUUUUUAAAAUUUGAGCAAGCUGUAUCUAGGUACACUUUGUUGGAGGGAAUGUAUUCAUGCUGCGGUACAGGGCUUCAUUUCUAGUGUUAGAGGAAUGUCUCUCAAAUCUGGACAUUCUCUACACUAAAUUCUCCAGUAUUUACUGUCACAAUUCCUUGUUAGAGCAGACUUGAUCAAUUACUAUCUUUCCCUAUUCUUGAGCUUACUCUGAUAUUAUGUCCCUGUAGAGCUGAACUGUUUCCUCACUUUAUAAUCCUGCUCAGCCCUCCCUGUUCACUAUUUUCUGUAACUACAAAUUAGGGUAUGUAUGUGAAUCAGAUAAGUGAGUGGCAAAGGUGCUUUUUUUCUCCCUUGAGCUCAGUUGUCACUGUGCUCUGCCUCUACUGAUCCAGGGUCUGGAAUCCUAGAUCAUAGAAAUUCAGCUGUCCUGUUAAUGGCUAAACUGUCUCACCUGAUGAGUCUGAUUCUAAAUCUUGUUUUUAUGUUAAUGCAGUUUUUAGUCAAAUAGUAUAUAUAAAGCCAUUUGCAUCAUAGAUCAUGAUUUUUUUAAUGAAGAACAAAUUUGGAUUUUAAUUUACAAUUUGUAAAUUUAUCCCUCACUGGACACACCAAAGACCAGCAAAGCUUAUAGCUUUUUCCAUCUGUUAAAGCAAUACUGUAUUAUAAAGAGUUAAUAUUUUUAUCACAUGCUUGAGAAUUGUUUUUCUGUUUUAAGAUGUGCACUCUAAACAUAUCAGAACCUAAUUUCUUCCUAUGAAUUCUUAUAAGCUGUCUGCGCACAAUAAAUAUUUACAGAAAAGGAGAUGACAGGACCCGUGUAUUUAAAGUAACCUUAAAAAGAUGCAUGAAGCAGUAAUCCUUCCUAGGAAUUAAUUAUUGUAAUUUUAUCAUGAGGGACAUGCAGGAAAGACAUUUCAGGUGUAUUCAUCUGAGUUGGAAACAUGAAAGGUGAACAGGCUUUCACCAGCUGGAGGGGGUUUGCUCUGUAUCAACAGCUGUUUGGUGGGGAACAGUAAUCUGAAAAGAUGGAACAGCUUUGUAUACCAGUAGCCUAUCAUACCAAGUAAUGCAAGAGCAGCUGCAGGAGCUGGGUGUCUGCAGGUGAGAGGCGCCUAGGAUAAUACUCUUUUGGAGGGAUUGAAAUGUUCCUGGUUCCUUGUCCCAUUAAUAGCUAUCUUUGGGAGAGCUGCAACAUCCAGUUUCUCUUAAGAGUUGCUACCUUUGCAGCCAAUAAAGAAGGAAUGGGAAAAACUGUAGAAUUUGGGACCAGACUGGAUAAUAAGAAAACUAUCUGAAGGGGUGUGUGAAAGUGUAACAAAGAUGAUGUAAGUAUUUGGUAAUUGGAAUUCAUCUCUCUUGGCAAUAGGUAACUUCUCGGUGGAAAACCAGACUAUGAAUGUGUAGAAGUUGACUGUUUGUAGUAGAUUCUGACAAAGAUAGCUGAGAUAAUGAAACAAAUCUGAGUCUGUAUCUAAUGAGGAUGCUUUUGUGUUAGACUAUCAUUUUACCUAUACUUACCUAAGAGGCAAUUAUGUGAAGUGGAUGUCUGAAGUAUGCAGGAAUAGUUCUGUAAAUACAUUUAAAUGAACUGUAAAGAUAUUUAAUAAAUAUAGUAUUUAUACUAA